AUGGCACGGGCAGCGGCUGGGCUGCUGCGGAGCUGACGGCACCGGGACCGGCAGGGGCCGCUGCUGGUGAAGGACGCGGAAGUGACUGUCACGUGACCGCCUGGGGCCGCUCUGCGCGCAGUGCCCGCGUCUCUAUGUGUCCCCUCCAUCAACCUGAGCGGCUGCAAGUACGAGAGUGGUAAGUCGAGGGCGAGGGCUCCCUGCGGGUUUCCAGCCAACACCCGCAGGCUCUCCAGGUGCCCGCCCAGCCGGGAGCGGUGCUGGCACCCAGUUCCCACUGGUUUAUUUACUGCUGCCAGUGACUGGCACAGGGCCCCGUGUUAGUGGGGAGUUUGUCACACUUUGGAUUGAGAUUUCUCCCAAUUUAAAAUGUGCAACAGCAGCACAAGCCCUUAACACCCCCCACACCUGCGUUUGCCAGCUGUCUGCUAAAACGGGCAAGAAGGGUUCCAUCAGGUACAAGGGACAGGUGCAAGUGCAAGGGACUACCUGGGCUUGGAGACAGAACCUGAGGGUUAUCAGCUGUUUAAAGUAAAGUUGGUAGUGAGCAGGAUCUGUGCCUGGAACCUCGCCCUGUGCUGUUUAUCCCAGUGACUCCAGGGAGCUCGUCCACUCUUCUCUCCCACUCCUCUUUCCUUCCACAAGCUCUAUUUUGAAAGAACAAACUCCUGGCCCUUGAGGGGGGUUAUUAAUCUAACUUGCUAAGGGAUCUUAGUGUGUGUGGAUCCCCAUCACCUCCCCAGCCCUCCCAAAUUCAUACUUGGCACUAGCAUGAACCAUCCCAGCAGAGAUCUUUUCCCUCUGAGCUGUGUUCUGCUGCCUGAAAAACCUUUGAUUUGAGAGAUUAAAUUCACACCUUCACAAGACUUGUAUCUGCCUGUGAGGUGCGAGAUCCAUGGGAAGUUCAACCCUGCCAUUGAGGGGCCUUGGCACCUCAAGAGAGGUGGAAUUAGAGGGUUAAGAGCUCCCAGAACACUUGCAGCCAGAGGCUUGGGGGGUUAGCCAGAUAAAACUGGUGUUCCUGACACCUUCCAAGGGGUCAUGCCAAUAACCUUACACCUCUGAGAGGGGAACUGCAGCCCGGAGAGCUGCAUACUCCAUCCCUUGUUAUUUUGGGGGGCAUACCCCCUGUAUGUGGCUCCUCAGCCAGAGAUUUGUUUCACUAUUCCAUCCCUGGGUAUUUUGGGGGGUUACCAGUCCCUGUGAUGGCUCCCGUGCCUGGCCCCUGUCACUGCUUGCCUUGGCACAGUGCGGCGGGCGGCGCAGCACUGCGGGCUGAAGGAAGCGGGAGAAAACGAGGAGUGGACGGUGUACUGGACAGACAGCACGGUCACUUUGGACCGCCUCAUGGACAUGAAGCGCUUCCAGAAAAUCAACCACUUCCCGGGCAUGAUCGAGCUGUGCCGCAAGGACCUGCUGGCUCGCAACCUGAACCGCAUGCUGCGCCUCUUCCCCAAGGAGUACAACAUCUUCCCCCGCACGUGGUGCCUGCCGGCUGACUAUGGGGAUUUCCAUGCCUACAGUUCCAUGAGGAAAGGAAGAACAUUCAUCUGCAAGCCUGACAACAGCUGCCAGGGAAGAGGGAUCUUCAUAACCCACCACCCAGAGGAGAUCAAGCACGGGGAACGCAUGAUAUGUCAGCAGUACAUCUCUGAGCCCUUCCUCAUCUAUGGCUUCAAGUUUGACAUGCGCAUCUACGUGCUGGUCACAUCCUGUGACCCGCUGAGGAUCUUCCUCUACAAGGAGGGCCUGGCCCGGUUUGCCACCAUGAGGUACAUCGAUCACAGCACGAGAAACCUGGGUGAUAUCUGCAUGCACCUGACCAAUUAUGCAAUCAACAAACACAAUGAGAACUUUGUCACGGACGACACAGUGGGCAGCAAGAGGAAGCUGUCCACCCUGAAUACCUGGAUGGCAGAGCACAGCCAUGACACAUCAAAGCUCUGGGCAGAUAUUGAUGACAUUGUUAUAAAGACACUGAUAUCAGCUCACCCUGUGCUGAAACACCAUUACCAGAGCUGCUUCUCCAGCCACACUACUGGCUGUGCCUGCUUUGAAAUCCUGGGCUUUGACAUUUUGCUGGAUAGAAGGCUGAAGCCAUGGCUGCUGGAGGUGAACCACUCUCCCAGCUUCAACACAGAUUCUCAGCUAGACCAUGAGGUGAAGCAUGCCCUUCUGUGUGACACCUUCAACCUGAUCAAUGUGCACGCCUGCGACAGAAGGAAGGUGCUGGAGGAAGACAAGCGGCGGGUGAAGGAACGGCUCCUUCAGCCCAACCAGCCUCCCCGUGAGUCCAGGCGCAGGGAGCAGGAGAGCAGCCAGGCUGCCUGGCUGGCACAGGCUGAAACCUACGAGAACGAGCACCUGGGGGGGUUCCGACGCAUCUACCCAGCACCUGGGACAGAGAAGUAUGAGCCAUUCUUCCAGCAGAGCAGGUCCCUCUUCCAGGAAACAAUAGCAUCCAAGGCACGAGAAGAGCAUGCCAGGCAUCAGCUGGAGGUGAUGCGCCUGAAAAAUGAAAAGCUGGAAGGUGUCACCAGGAAGAAGAAAGCAGAGAGCAUGCAGAAUAAAAGCACAGCCCCUACAAUGCACCUCACUCACAAAAGCACCAAGUUGUGGGAUGGAAAGUGCAUGCAGUACAACUCCAUGCAGCCCCAGGACAUCGUGGAACAUGAAGAGAAGAGGAGAGUGGAUGCUCUGCGGCAGCGUGAGAAGCUGAUCCGAGACCUGGGCAUCCCGGAGCAGCUUUCCCAGCUGCUCUCCACAGCUGACACUCAGGGAUCCUGUGCCCUCCCGAGCCAGCUGCAGUUUCCCUGGGAUGUCAUCAGGGACCACAACGCCCGUGAUUUAAUGAUGCUUAUCUCAUUCCUGGGAGUCCCAGCUGAGCCCUUGGGACAGAGGGUCAUACACAGCCGAAGAGUCCAGUCCCUGCUGCAGCACAUCCCAGGCCCCAAUCCCAGCAACAUGCAGCCCCUCUGCAUCCGAGGCCAGAGCGUCCCGUACCACGCGCGGCCCGAGGGCCCGCGGGUGCUGGCCAGGGGCUGGCUGCAGGGCCAGGCAGAGGGGGCGGCCACCACCCAGCCCUGUGGCCACACAAAAGACCAGCAGCUCCCUGCCACCACAGCCCAGGCUGAAGACUGUGACACUGGUAGUCUGUCAUCCUCCGAUGAAGGCAGCUGUCCUCCGGCUUCCCCUGCCAGCCCAGAGCAGCCCACAGGUGAUGGCAUCUUCAGCUCUGCUGUGGUCCAGGAGCUUCCCAUGGCCACUGCCGUUCACAUGCAGGACACACAUGCCUCACACCAUGGCAGAGCCUUGCCAUGUCAGUAUGUCACACGAUGCCAGCACCUUGCCCCAAGCCAGUGCCUCACACGCUCACAGCAUGAAAAGCCCAGGUAACAUGGCCGAGGGCUCAGCCUUCCUCCCAUGUGUGCUUGCAUGAGAACCAGGACUUGCUAGAUGGGCUGGCUGCCUCCAUCAACUCUGCGGUCAGCUGCUGAGACCCCUGGCCAGAGCUUGGGCCCAGCUUGGCUCUGGCCUCCCGCCCCGGCUAGGCUCCAUCUCUGCCAGCACAGGAGACUGGUGCUUGUGCCCCUGUUCGUGCCCUGCCCGCUGCACUCAUGUCUGUGACCCACCACCGCCGGCGGCGAAGCCCUGCAGAGGCCACCUGGCUCCGGACCCGUCGGAACCUCGCUUUCGCCGCAGGGGCCGCUCCCCCGCCGGCCCCGCCCGUUCCUGGGCCUGUCCCCGGCCA